AUAACGACACCGUUUAUGAGCACUGCUACUCUAACAGCAGAAGGGCAGGACAGGGUAGCGCAACUGCGCAAGGCAACCAAAAAGGACGAAGACAACCCAAAAAGAAAAAAGGUGAGCAAAACAACCGGCUCUCCGGCGUCUGAUUGUCGGCGAUAAUUGUUUGUAUGAAUUUAGAAGUAUAGUCUCCAAAUGAGCGGAUUCAGCUGGCUAAGAAAUCAGCCAAAAUCGAUUUUGCAAACAUUUCUGUAUCGUCGGCAUUUGCUUCCAGUGGAAUCCGUAUGCGGUCAUGAAGCUUUAAAGGGUCGUCAUCGGAUUGUUCAUAGUCGAGAUUUCUACAAUAUUGGAUUGGCUAGAAAGCCUACAGACUUUGCCAAUAUGAGAAUGCUACUAUUGAAGCGUUGUAUUCAUGCUACAGAAUUUCAUAGUUCAAAAGAAGGAGAUUACUACCAAGUUCUAGGUGUUCCUCAGAAUGCUAGUAGAGAUGAUAUCAAGAAAGCUUUUCAUGCUCUAGCAAAGAAGUAUCAUCCAGAUGCAAAUAAAAACAAUCCAUCAGCAAAGAGAAAGUUUCAAGAGAUCAGAGAAGCUUACGAGAUUUUGCAAGAUUCCGAAAGGAGAGCCGAAUAUGAUGAGAUGAAACAACAAUCUUUCAAAGGUAGGAAUGACACAGGGUAUUCUUCUAGAGGAUUCAAACGUGCUUAUAAAAGUACUGACUUUUCUGAUUCUUUCCAAAAGAUAUUUUCUGAGAUUUUUGAAGAGGAGACAGAUAAUGUUACUAGUGAUGUUCAGGUUGAGGUGUCAAUUUCAUUUAUGGAGGCUGCAAGAGGGUGCACAAAGCACCUAUCAUUUGAUGCUAACAUUCUUUGUGAUUCUUGUCUUGGGCAUGGUUACCCUGUUAAUGCCAAGGCAAAAAGUUGUCCAACUUGUGAGGGCACUGGAACAGUUUUCAUUCCUCCAUUCAUGGCUAGAUGCAACACCUGUAAAGGGUCAGGCCAUAUAAUCAAGGAAUAUUGUAGAUCAUGUGGAGGAUCAGGGGUUGUUGAGGUAGUCAAAGAGGUCAAAAUUCCCAUUCCUGCAGGUGUAGACUCUGGUGAUAUAAUAUCUGUUCCAAGAGCUGGUAAUGUUGGAAAACGAAGUCAACCUGGAACCUUGAUUAUAAAACUGAAGGUUGCUGAAGACCCUGUUUUUCAGAGAGAUGGAGCCGAUUUAUAUGUGGAUUCAAAUAUUGGCUUCACUCAGGCGAUUAUUGGUGGUAUGGUUGAGGUACCAACUUUGAACGGAAAAACACAAGUAAAAAUACCCAAAGGGGUCCAGCAUGGACAGCUGUCAAUACUAAGAGGCAAAGGAAUGCCAAGGAAAGGUCUUUUUGUAGAUCAUGGAGACCAAUAUGUACGUUUCCGCAUUAAUUUUCCUAUGGUAGUGAAUGAUCGUCAACGUGCUAUACUUGAAGAAUUUGCCAAGGAAGAAAUGGAAAUGGAACACACACACAACAUGUCACGUGAUGGAAACUGGCUUGAUGAGCAGCUAUCUACUGGUUGAACUUACAGGUGGCUUCGUAUGAUUGGACACAUGUCAACCCCAAAAUUCAUGCUUGAGUUAUCGGCUUUACUUCUCAUUCUUCUGUUCCUCCGCUCAUAAACUCAAUAUUCAAGUGGGACCGGAUUGCCAGCCUGGCACUUUCAUGAGCUGUACAGAUAGAUACACACAAACACACACUGGAUUGUGUUUUCAUCCCUUGAAGAAAACUGUAGAUUUUGUUUUAACUGUGAGUUGUCUUUUUGAUUAUUUCACAUUUUUGGUCUAAUAGACUAUGGGUAGGUAGGUGAUGGAUGGACAAUAAAGAUGAACUAACUGAAGCAACAAUGCUGUAAUGGAUUGUACUUUAUAGGUGUUCUUGAGUAUAACGGUUGAAAAACCCCACUUUGCUAUUGUUCAGUAUGUUCUGUGAUUUUCUCUUUUAAUACGAAUUUCCCCCAAAUCUUUCCCCAUUA